AUGCAAAAUCAUCAAAGUAUAUACAUACCGGAAGGUGGUAAUCCCCUUUCUCUCGGGCAGCAAAGCUAUAUUCAAAAUAUCCAGGAACCACCUAUACAAGAAAAACAGCUUCCUCCUCCUCCACCAAAUAAAAAUUUUAAUAGUGAUGAUAGUUCUAUACUUAAUAUAGAGACUGAAAAUGAAAAUUCUAGACAACAUUGGGGUGAAGCUCCUAGGGUACAGGUUCGCCGUAACAAUAAACAACGUAUUGUAUUAAAGGAUGGAAAACAUUUAGUGUUGGAGUGUCCCAUACCUACGGAUCUGCUCGGGAAUAUUCCUAGGAAUGACUCAAGGGAAUUUACACAUAUGAGAUAUACAGCAUGUACAAGUGGUCCUGACGAUUUUAUGCAAAAAGGGUUUAGUCUUCGUCAAGCAGAAAUUGCUCCUCCAAGACAUACCGAGUUAUUUAUCGUGUUAACUAUGUAUAAUGAAGAUAAAGGUCUAUUAGCCCGCACUUUUCACGGAGUUGUGAAAAAUAUUGCUCACCUUUGCAGUCGUAAAAAGUCUAAAGUUUGGGGUGAUGAGGGGUGGAAGAAAAUCGUCGUAUGCAUAGUUGCUGAUGGUCGUGAAAAUAUAGAGCAAAGUGCUUUAGCUUACUUAGCGGCUCUUGGUGUCUACCAAUAUGGCGUUGUAGUAGGCAAAGUAAAAAAAGAAACCGUUAAUGCACAUAUAUUUGAGUAUACUACUCAAAUUUCAAUUGAUCAUUCUAUGAGAUUUAAAACUUUUGGAGAGGACUCUGAUGUUGUUCCAGUCCAAGUGCUCUUUUGCCUUAAAGAGGAAAAUGCUAAGAAGAUCAACUCUCAUCGAUGGUUCUUUAAUGCCUUUGGUCCAAUUCUUAAACCUAAUAUAUGUGUUCUUAUUGACGUUGGUACUGAACCAGGUCCUAAAUCCAUCUAUCAUUUGUGGAAAGCGUUUGAUGUUGAUGCAAGUAUUGCAGGUGCUUGCGGUGAAAUAGUUACCAUGAAAGGUAAAGGUUGGAGGAAACUACUGAAUCCAAUUGUGGCCGCCCAAAAUUUUGAAUAUAAGAUGUCUAAUAUUUUGGAUAAACCAUUUGAAUCUGUGUUUGGGUACAUUUCUGUUUUACCUGGUGCUUUUUCUGCCUACCGGUAUAUUGCUCUCCAGAGUACUUUUAAUGACAAAAACGAGGAAGAAGGCCCUCUAGUAUCUUAUUUUAAAGGUGAAAUCGAUGAUAAAAAGAAAGAGGAUAAAAAAAAGGAAAACAUGUUCGUUGCUAAUAUGUAUCUUGCUGAAGAUCGUAUUCUUUGUUUUGAGUUGGUCGCAAAACGCAAUUGUUCCUGGUUAUUGCAUUAUGUUAAGUCCUCCCAAGCCGAAACGGAUGUACCUGAAGAUGUUACCGGACUAAUUAGACAGAGACGACGUUGUAUUUUGGGUCUGGCCCUCUCUACUCCUGAUGCUCCCUGGAGUCCAGAAGUCGGAAGUGGCAUAUUCUUAGUCUUGCAAUAUAUUUACCUUAUACUGAUAAUUGUACAAUUUGUCUUUGCCUUAGGACACAGGAUUCAAGGUUCUAAUAAGGCCUAUACAAUUUCAAUAAUAUUCUUUGGUUUAAUUAUGAUUUAUAUGUUAUUUGCUGCCUUUUGGCUUACAAUUAAAGGUAUCGAUGUUGGAGUAGGUUCAUUGCAAAAUCCAGAUUUUAAGUCUACUGCUACUGCAAAAGCUGUUCUUGGGAAUGCUACUUUUAGAGACAUUAUUCUCUCAUUAGUUUCCACAUAUGGCCUAUACCUGAUCGCAAGUCUUAUGAUGUUUGAUCCAUGGCAUAUGUUAACCUGUAUUUUACAAUAUAUAAUAUUAUUACCAUUUUAUGUUAUUAUACUAAAUAUUUAUGCUUUUUGUAAUAUCCAUGAUGUCAGUUGGGGGAAUAGGCCCGAAACAGCAAAAAAGCUGAAAGAGAAGGCUACUGACGUUGAUUCUACCUCUGGAAUACCUACAGUUGAGGUUGCUUUUCCUGAAGAUGUUAAUGUCGUAUAUCAGGCAGCAGUUGAAGAAAUAAGACGAAAACCUAGUAAGGAUGUAACGAUUGCUACACCAAAUCAAAAAAGAGAAGAUUCUCGAAGAUCAUUUCGAACAAAGGUUGUCCUUUCAUGGGUUUUUAGUAAUAUUGUAUUAAUAACCGUCAUUUCACAUCUUAGUAAUCCCCAGAAUUCAGUAAUAGAUAUUUAUUUGGCUAUUAUUCUUUGGUCUGUUGCUGGAUUGGCUGGAUUUAGAUUUUUCGGUACUUUAACAUAUCUAAUAUUUAGGUUAUUCACAGAUCCAAAUGCACUAAAUUGUAAAAAGUGA